CUGUAAAUCUUGAAAUCUCUCAGACUUGUGAAUGUUAAAAAUUUUCCCAUUGGGGAAUUCUUAAUUGGUACAAAUUCCCUACUGAGAAACAUUCCCCAUUUUGAUGUGAGAACUCGCCAGGAUCAGAAAUGGGAGGACCUCUACUCCACCUGUACUUAAGACUGCUUUAGGGAAAAAAAAAAACUCAUUGCUAAAUAAAGAAAGUACUUGGAUCCAUGCUUAUGGUGGGGCAAGGAAUUCUUUGAGCCAGGCCUGUUUUUAGAAUUGAUACAAUGGGAUGCUAGGUACCUAAAAGGAUUGGGCAAGUUUUCUCUUGAUGAGAUUAGUUGAAUCAGCGGUGUUUUCUCUCGUUCAGACUUACUGAGGAUCUUGGUCAACACAGCAGCAUUUUUUCUGGUUCAGACUUACUGAGGAGAUUGGUCGACUUAGCAGGAAUUCAGAUGGGCAGCCCUUUGGAAAGCAUCUACAGUGAUUGAUAGAUGUAGGGACUUAGGGGAGGUGACAUAGGAGAAAAACCCCUAUAUAAGAAAAAGCAGAAUCUCUUGAGGGAUAUCCUUUUGGAGAAAUCCUUUUGUAGGAUCUCUGAUGAGGAUCUCUUGGGAAGAAUCUCUUGAGAGAGGCUCUGGAGAAAGGCCCUUUGGAACAGUCUCUGGCUGGAAGGCUCUCUGGUGAAGUCACCUGAGAUGGAGGUGGCCUGGUGUCACUAGAAUCCUUGUUUAGUCAGACCUUGUGGUGAGUGUUAAAAAACUGACUGAUUCUCUCUCUUAAGACUCAGGUCUAGGCCAUAUUGGCUUGAGGCCCUUCAUACUUAUUCCUUUCUUACUCUCUCUCUCUUUCUUUGAUUACUCAUUGUAUUGUUAAUUAAAAUCUCUAUAAAACCCAAUUGACUUGGGUAUUUGAAUAAGUGGGAAUAUUUCCCUGGCGACUACCUUAUAUUUUAUUUAAAAACCAUGACAAUGUAGUGAAACAUAUUUUCUGUGGUCAAAUUUACUCACCCUCCCUUAUAUCUAUCACAAUUUAUAUCUUCCACCAUUUUAACUCACUACAGUUUAAGACCUCAACCAAUUUAAAUCUCACGAAACCUAGCUGGGAUUGUCAACUAUAAAAAAAAAAUGGAGAUUGUAACAGCCCUUAUUUUGAUGUUAUUGAUAGCUAGGCUUGAUGAUAUAAGAGUCUAGCUGGGUUGUCUUUCUCACUGACCAGAGGGUAUCAUGGGUAAGUCCCUGUGAUGAAAUUUAGUACAGGGAUGGAUAGGAUCUAGUGUUCAGAUAAAGACAACUAAAGGGUAAAGUAUAGACAUUUUCUUUGGACUUAGCAAAAUGCCAAGCAUCCUUUGAUGUCUUUCUGAUACCAGACUGUCAAGGUGUCAGCAAUGGCAUAUGACUCUGGAUCUUUUGCUUAACUGGAGUCUCUUAGAGCUGACACCCUAGAACUCCCUAUCACCCUCUAUCUCUUUGAGAUAUUCCAAAGAUUUAUCUGACUAUGUAUUAGAUGUAAACAACAGUGGUUUAUUACUAAGACAAGUUAGGGAAAGGUGUGGGAAAGGGGUUGUCAGGAAACCCUGUUAUUCCUUUCAGACUGAUUUUGAGUCCUUGGCUAUGGCCAUCAGGCAGGAUCAGUUCUAAUAGAAAUUCUUCUCCUCAUAAUGUAAAAUAUAUUAUACCUAAGCACCCAAGUAAACAGCUGAAUCUAAAGAAGAAGAAGAGAUAGUAAAAUCUUCUGGUCAGGCACACAAACUGCCUUCUUAGUAUAAAAUCCUGUUUGGGUCAGUCUCUAAAGUCUUGUCUGACUUCGAAGGCUCAUGAAUGUCAAAAACAGAGAAAGAAAACUACAGACCAAUCUCCUUAAUGAAUAUAGAUGCAAAAAUCUUCAAUAGGAUAUUAGCAAAAAGACUCCAGCAAGUUUUCACAAGGGUUAUUCACUAUGACCAGGUAGGAUUUAUACCAGGAAUGCAAGGAUGGUUCAAUAUUAGGAAAACCAUCCACAUAAUUGACCAUAUCAACAAGAAAACCAACAAAAAUCAAAAGAAAUUGAUGCAAAAAUAGCCUAUGAGAAAAUACAAUACACAUUCCUCUUGAAAACAUUAGAAAGUAUAGGAAUAGAAAGGCCUUUCCUAAAAAUAAUAAACAGUAUAUAUCGAAAAUCAUCAGCAAGCAUCAUCUGCAAUAGGGAUUAAUUAGGAAAAUUCCCAAUAAGAUCAGGAGUGAAACAAGGAUUCCCAUUAUCACCUCUAUUAUUUAACAUUGUACUAAAAACAUGAGCAGUAGCAAUUAGGGAAGAAAAAAUUAAAGGUAUUAAAAUAGACAAUGAGCAAACCAAGCUAUCACUCUUUGCAGAUCAUAUGAUGGUCUAGUUAUAGAAUCCUCAAGAAUCAACUAAAAAGCUAAUGUAAAUAAUCAAUAAUGUUAGCAAAGUUGUAGGGUACAAAAUAAACCCACAUAAGUCAUCAGCAUUUCUGUAUAUUUCCAACACAUCUCAGCAGCAAGAAUUAGAUUGAUCUAAAUAAUUAGAAAACAUUAAUUGGUCAUGGGUAGGACAAGCUAACAUAAUAAAAAUGACAAUCCUAUCCAAAUUAAUUUACUUAUUCAGUGCCAUACCUAUCAAACUAACAAAGUUCAUUUGGAAGAACAAAAGAUCAAGAAUAUCAAGGGAAAGAAUGAAAAAAUAUGAAGGAUAGGGACCUAGCAGUCCCCGAUCUUAAACUGAACUAUAAAGUAGUGGUAGUGGUCCUCAAAACAAUAUGGUAUUGUCUAAGAGACAGAAGAGAGGAUCAAUGGAAUAGAUUUUGGGUAAAUGUCCUCAGCAAACUAGUGUAGGAUAAACCCAAAGAUCCCAGCUUUGGGGACAAAAAACCGACUAUUUAACAAAAACUGCAGCGAAAAUUGGAAAACAGUAUGGGAGAGAUUAGGUCUAGAUCAACAUCUCACACCCUAAAUUAAGAUAAAUUCAGAAUGGGUAAAUGACUUAAAUAUAAAGAAGGAAAGUAUAAGUAAAUUAGGUGAACAUAAAAUAGUAUACCAGUCAGAUAUAUGAGAAAAAAAAGAGAAUUUAACACCAAGGUAGGUAUAGAGAAUAUCACAAAAUGCAAUGAAUGAUUUUGAUUACAUUAAGUUAAAAAGGUUUUGUACAAACAAAACCAAUGCAAACAAAAUUAGGAGGGAAGCAACAAAUUGGGAAAAAUAUUUGAAACUAAAACCUCUGAUAAACAUCUAAUUUUUCAAAUAUAUAAGGAACUAAAUCAGUUGUACCAAAAAAUCAAACCUUUCCCCAAAUGAUAAAUGGGCAAAGGACAUGAAUAGGCAGUUUUCAGAGAAAGAAAUCAAAACUACCAAUAAGCAUAUGAAAAAGUGUUCUAAAUCUCUUAUAAUUAGAGAAAUGCAAGUCAAAACAACUCUGAGAUACAGCCUCAGACCUAGCAGAUUGGCUAAUAUGACAGCAAAAGAAAGUAAUAAAUGUUGGAGAGGAUGUGGCAAAAUUGGGACACUAAUGCAUUGCUGGUGUGUUGUGGUUUGAUCCAACAAUUCUGGAAGACAAUUUGGAAGUAUGGCCAAAGGACUUUAAAUUACUGCCUGCCCUUUGACCCAGCUAUAUCCCUUCUAGGUCUGUACCCCAAAGAGAUAAUAAGGAAAAAUACUUGUAUAAAAAUAUUUAUAGCCAUGCUCUUUAUGGUGGCAAAAAAUUAGAAAAUGAGGGGAUGACCUUUCAGGAAUGACUGAACAAGUUCUAGUAUAUGUUGGUGAUGGAAUGCUAUUAUGCUAAAAAGGAAUCACAUGGAAGAAUCCAUGUGAACUGGAAUGACCUCCAAGAAUUGAUGCAGAGUGAAAGGAGCAGUACCAGGAGAACAUUCUACACAGACACUGAUACACUAUGGCAGAAUCAAAUUAAAUGGACUUCUCUACUAGCAGCAAUGUGAUGAUCCAGAACAAUUAUGAGGUACUUAUGAGAAAGAACACUACCCAAAUCCAGAGAAAGAACUGUGGGAGAAUAAAUACAGAAAAAAAAAAACAUUUUCUUGUUCACAUGGGUCGAUGGAGAUAUGAUUGGGAAUGUAGACUCUAAAUGAUUGCUCUAAUGCCAUUAUUAAUAAUAUGGCAAUAGAUCUUGAUCAGUGAUACAUGUAAAGCCCAGUUAAAUUGAUCAUUGCCUAUGGGAGGGAGGAGGGGAAGGAAAGAAUAAGAAUCAUGUUACCAUGAAAAAUAUUCUAAAUUAAUUGAUUAAAGAAAUAAAUUGAAAAAAUUAAAAAAAAAACCCUUUACCUUCUAUGUUUUAAUUAAUAUUGAUUCUAAGGCAGAAGAGCAAUAAAGGCUAGGCAAUUAGUGUUAAGUGAAUUGGCCAGGGUCACACAGCUAAGAACCUUAAACACUGCUUUUUUUUUUAAACCAAUUAUUUAUUUUUUUAAAAAUCUUAUUUAAUUAGUCAAUUUAGAACAUUUUUCCUUCGUUACCAAAAUCAUGUUCUUUCCCUCCCCCCUCUCCACCCCUUUCCAUAGCCAAUGCACAAUUCCACUGGGUUUUACAUGUGUCCUCGAUCAAAGCCUAUUUCCAUAUUAUUGAUGUUUGCACUAGGGUGAUCAUUUAGAGUCUACAUCCCCUAUCAUAUCCCCAUCAACUCAUGUGAUUAAGUAGUUGUUAUUUUCUGUGUUUCUAUUCCCACAAUUUUUCCUCUGAAUGUGAAUAGAGUUCUUUCUCAUAAAUCCCUCCAAAUUGUUCUGGAUCAUUGCAUAUUAAUGAAGCAAUAGUUUCUGUUCACCCCAUUGUUCCUAGCCCGUAUACAAUUCUAAAGACAAUACUAGGGAAUUCUCAGUGGUUUUCUGUCAUUGACUUGAAAGAUGCUUUCUUUUGGAUACCUUUGCACCCAAAAUGCAGAUUCCUUUUUGCUUUUGAGUGGGUUUUCCCUCAUAUCCCUACCCUAAAAGGUCAUAUGGUUGUGCUCCCAUAAGGCCUGAGGGACAGGCCACACUACUUUGGGGCUGCCCUCAACAAAGAUCUUAGAGCCCUGACACUCAUGAGCAACUCAAUCUUGGAGUAUGUUGAUGACAUUUUGAUAUCUAGUCUGUCUGAGGCUGCUUGUGUUACACAAUUUCUACCCUAACUUUCCUAGGAGAACGGGGUUACAAGGUUUUUGCCUCUAAAGCCCAACUUGUCUCCCAGUCUGUAACUUAUUUGGGACACAACCUAAGCCCAAAUUCCCACUCUCUGAUGACAGAUAGGAAACAGGCCUCAUUGUCCAUUUCUGUCCCCUUCACAAAAAGGCAGCUCCAAACUUUUCUGGGUAUGGCAGUGUUUUGCUGCAUUUGGAUACCUAAUUUCAGGAUCAUUGCAAAACCUCUCUAUGAGGCCACUUAAGGGGCCUGAUUCAGAGCCUGUAUAUUGUGGGGUAGACCAAGAAUGAGCCUUUUCACUUUUAAAAAUCCGGCUCUCUUCUUCCCCAGCCCUAGGGAUUCCAGAACUUGAAAAACCAUUUUUCCUGUUUAUGGAUGAGAGAAAGCAGUUUUCCCCAGGAGUUUUAGCUCAGUACCUAGGACCUGAUCUGUGUCCCAUUGCUUACUUUUCCAAGCAACUAGAUUCAGUUGGCAAAGGAUGGCCACCAUGCUUGAGAGCAGUCUAUGCCAUGGUUAUCAUGGCAGAAGAGGCAUUUAAAUUAACUCUGGGUCAACCCCUAGAAAUUCUGACACCCCCCCCCCAUUGGGUCCUCAGUAUUCUGGAGCAUAGAGGUCAUCGAUGGCUCUCUGGGGGCCAUCUCACUAGAUACCAAGCUCUUUUACUGGACACACCAGGCCUUACCUGAAAGAUAUGCAGGACACUGAAUCCAGCUACCCUUCUCUCUCUUCCAGGAGAUCCUAUCUCCCAUGACUGUGAGGAGUUGAUAGACUACACCUUUUCCAGUAGACCAGACCUCAAAGAUUCUCCUCUCCCUGAGGCAGAGAUAGACUGGUUCACAGAUGGCUCCUCCUUUAUGGAGAAUGGGAUUAGGAAAGCAGGUUACUCAGUAGUGUCACAGACAUCCACCACUGAGGCAAAGGGACUUUCCCCAGGGAAUUCAGCACAAAAAUCAAAGUUGAUUGCCCUCACAAGAGCAUUGCAGCUUGCUGAAGGGAAAAAGGCAAAUGUUUUCACGGAUUCAAAAUAUGCCUUUCAUGUUUUACAUGUCCAUGGGGCUAUAUGGAAAGAAAGGGGUUUAUUAACUACCAAAAACUCUCCCUUGAAAGACAGGAAGGAAGUCCCGAGUUUAUUUGAGGCAGUCACUUUACCUAGCAAAAUUGCUGUCAUCUACUGCAGAGGACAUCAGGGUCUAGAUUCCAACAUAGCCCAAGGGAAUCAUAGGGCAGACCUAGCCACCAAAGAGGCUGCACGAGCCACUUCCUUGACUGCUCUGACCCUAACUCCACUAUACUCUACAGUACCAAUGAACAUUUCUCCCUCAUAUACUGAGGAGGAAAUUGCACAGGCAGAACAUCAGGGAUUGACCCUUGAAGACAGUGGUUGGUGGUGUUCUCCCUCUGGACCACUGAUCCUCCCUAAGAACUUAAUGUGGAAAUUGGUUAUAGGAUUACAUAACUCCAUACAGUUGGGCAAAGAAGCACUAACCACUUUGAUAAAGCCACUUUUCACAGGAAAAGGCAUCUCUAAAACUAUCCAGGAAAUUUGCAGAUCCUGUGCCCUCUGUGCCCAAACCAACAGCACUGGAGCUCUUAGGCCACCUCCCCUCCUUAAGCCCAUCCAAAGGAGAGGGGAAUCACCUGGUGAGGAUUGGCAGAUAGAUUUCAUCCACUUGCCACAUUGCAAAAGGUACAAGACCCUUUUAGUCUUUGUAGAUACCUUCAUAGGCUGGCCUGAAGCAUUUCCCUCCAGAUCAGAGAAAGCACAAGAUGUCACAAAGGCCUUACUCAAUGAAAUCAUCCCUAGGUUUGGUCUUCCAAAAACUCUUCAAAGUGAUAAUGGUACUGGCUUUAUUUCACAGAUCACACAGAUGGUUUCUAAGGAAUUGGGCAUUACCAUUUAUACUUGGCCUGGCAUCCCAAUCUUCAGGGAAAACAGAACAUAGGAAUCAGACCCUAAAAAGAGCCCUCACCAAACUAUGUGAGGAGGCAAAAAUUGAUUGGAUCCAAGCUCUCCUAAUUGCCCUAACCAUAAUCAGAAUUGCCCCUCAGGCAAAUUAAGGACUGAGUCCAUUUGAAUUUCUCUGUGGGAGACCCUUUCUAACCUCUGAUGUUCUUUUAGAUACAGAAAUCCACAGCCUUGCUCAGUUUUCUAAACAACUUGGCCUGAUCCACCAGGCUCUGUGAGAGGAUACAGAGGAAUCCCUCCACCCAGCCCAAACAGGAGAGUUGGUAUACCUGAAAACAUGGAGUGGAUCAAACCACCUAACACCUAAAUGAGAGGGGCCCUAUAGGGUUAUUUUAUCCACUCCUACAGCUGUAAAAUUAGAAGGGCAGAAUACAUGUACUCGUCUCUCAUAUUAAACCCUUUAUCUCUCCAGAAACAGGUGGUGAAGGGGGAACAGAAGUCAUUUAUUCCUGUGAGCCACUGGAAGAUCUCAAAUUCCUCUUCCUCUGGAAGACCCAACCUAAGGAAACUUUGGAAUAAGUAGUUCCAUCCCCUCCUCCUUGUUAUCUUAAAUUUCUCUCAUGACUAUCUCUUUCCUUCCACUCUAGAGUCACGUCCACACUAUGACACAGCAUUUGUUGCAAGAGUAUAAAAUCCCCAGAAUUGAUGGGUUCUGGGAGCAGCCUUCCACCUUGCUGUUCCACCUAUACCAUCCUCCUGGCCAUUCUCAACAUUAUUCUCUAAAUUAAUACAUUUCUCUUUUUAUUUUAUUUUUUUUUUAAAUUUUAUAAUGUUUUAUUUGAUCAUUUCCAAGCAUUAUUCAUUAAAGACAAAGAUCAUUUUCCUUUCCUCCCCCCUAACCCCCCAUAGUCGACGCAUGAUUCCACUGGAUAUCACAUGUGUUCUUGAUUCGAACCCAUUGUCAUGUUGUUAAUAUUUGCAUUAGAGUGUUCAUUUAGAGUCUCUUCUCUGUCAUGUCCCCUCAACCUCUGUAGUCAGGCAGUUGCUUUUCCUCAGUGUUUCUACUCCCACAGUUUGUCCUCUGCUUAUGAAUAGUGUUUUUUCUCCUAGAUCCCUACAGAAUGUUCAGCGACAUUAUACCACCACUAAUGGAGAAGUCCAUUAUGUUCGAUUAUACCACAGUGUAUUACUUUCUGUGUACAAUGUUCUCCUGAUUCUGCUCCUCUCGCUCUGCAUCACUUCCUGGAGGUUGUUCCAGUCUCCAUGGAAUUCCUCCACUUUAUUAUACCUUUUUGCACAAUAGUAUUCCAUCACCAACAUAUACCACAAUUUGCUCAGCCAUUCCCCAAUUGAUGGGCAUCCCCUCGUUUUCCAAUUUUUGGCCACCACAAAGAGCACAGCUAUAUAUAUUCUUGUACAUGUCUUUUUCUUUAUUAUUUCUUUGGGGUACAGACCCAGCAGUGGAUCAAAGGGCAGACAGUCUUUUAUCACCCUUUGGGCAUAGUUCCAAAUUGCCCUCCAGAAUGGUUGGAUAAGUUCACAACUCCACCAGCAAUGAAUUAAUAUCCCUACUUUGCCACAUCCCCUCCAGCAUUCAUUACUUUCCUUUGCUAUCAUGUUAGCCAAUCUGCUAGGUGUGAGGUGAUACCUCAGAGUUGUUUUGAUUUGCAUCUCUCUGAUUAUAAGAGAUUUAGAACACUUCUUCAUGUGUUUAUUAAUAGUUUUGAUUUCUUUAUCGGAAAACUGCCUAUCCAUGUCCCUUGCCCAUUUAUCAAUUUGGGAAUGGCUUGGUUUUUUGUACAAUUGAUUUAGCUCUUUAUAAAUUUGAGUAAUUAAAACUAUGUCAGAGGUUUCUAUGAAGAUUUCUUCCCAAUUUGUUGUUUCCCUUAUGAUUUUAGUAACAUUGGUUUUGUUUGAACAAAAGCUUUUUAAUUUGAUGUAGUCAAAAUUAUUUAUUUUACAUUUUGUGAUUCUUUCUAUGUCUUGCUUGGUUUUAAAGUCUUUCCCCUCCCAAAGGUCUGACAUGUAUACUAUUCUGUGUUUACCCAAUUUACUUAUGGUUUCCUUCUUUAUGUUUAAGUCAUUCACCCAUUUUGAAUUUAUCUUGGUGUAGGGUGUGAGGUGUUGAUCAAUUCCUAAUCUCUCCCACACUGUCUUCCAAUAUUCCCAGCAGUUUUUAUUGAAUAGUGGAUUUUUGUCCCAAAAGCUAGGAUCUUUGGGUUUAUAGUACACUGUCUUGCUGAGGUCACUUGCCCCUAGUCUAUUCCACUGAUCCUCCUUUCUGUCUCUUAGCCAGUACAAACUUGUUUUGAUGACUGCUGCUUUGUAAUAUAGUUUAAGGUCUGGGACUGCAAGGCCCCCAUCAUUUGUGUUUUUUUUUUCAUUAUUUCUCUGGAUAUCCUUGAUCUUUUGUUAUUCCAAAUGAACUUUGUUAUGGUUUUUUCUAAAUUAAUAAAGAAAUUUUUUGGGAGUUCAAUGGGUAUGGCACUAAAUAGAUAAAUAAGUUUGGGUAGGAUGGUCAUUUUUAUUAUAUUGGCUCAUCCUAUCCAUGAGCAGUUAAUGUUUUCCCAAUUGCUCAAGUCUAGUUUUAGUUGUGUAGAAAGUGUUUUUUAGUUGUGUUCAUAUAGUUCCUGUGUUUGUCUCAGGAGAUAGAUUCCUAGGUAUUUUAUUUUGUCUAAGGUGAUUUUGAAUGGGAUUUCUCUUUCUAGUUUUUGCUGCUGAGCUGGUUUGGGGAUAUAUAGAAAUGCUGAUGACUUAUAUGGGUUUAUUUUGUAUCCUACAACUUUGCUAAAGUUGUUGAUUAUUUCAAUUAGCUUUUUGGUUGAAUCUCUAGGAUUCUUUAAGUAGACCAUCAUGUCAUCUGCAGAGAGUGAUAACUUGGACUCCUCCUUGCCUAUUUUGAUGCCUUCAAUUUCUUUUUCUUCUCUAAUUGCUACUGCUAGUGUUUCUAGUAUAAUGUCAAAUAGUAGAGGUGAUAAUGGGCAUACUUGUUUCACUCCUGAUCUUAUUGGGAAUGCAUCUAGCUUAUCCCCAUUGCAGAUGAUAUUAGCUGAUGGUUUUAGAUAUAUACUGUUUAUUAUUUUUAGGAACAACCCUUCUAUUCCUAUGCUUUCUAGUGUUUUUAAUAGGAAUGGGUGUUGUAUUUUAUCAAAGGCUUUUUCUGCAUCUAUUGAGAUAAUCAUGUGGUUCUUGUUGGUUUGCUUGUUGAUGUGGUCAAUUAUGUGGAUGGUUUUCCUAAUAUUGCACCAGCCCUGCAUCCCUGGUAUAAAUCCUACUUGAUCAUGGUGGAUGAUCCUUCUGAUCACUUGCUGGAGUCUUUUUGCUAGUAUCCUAUUUAAGAUUUUUGCAUCUAUAUUCAUCAAGGAGAUUGGUCUAUAGUUUUCUUUCUCUGUUUUUGACCUGCCUGGUUUUGGAAUCAGUACCAUAUUUGUGUCAUAAAAGGAGCUUGGUAGAACUCCCUAUUUGCUUAUUCUGUCAAAUAGUUUGUAUAGUAUUGGGAUUAACUGUUCUCUGAAUGUUUGAUAGAAUUCACUGGUGAAUCCAUCAGGCCCUGGGGAUUUUUUCUUAGGAAGUUCUUUGAUGGCUUGUUGGAUUUCAUUUUCUGAUAUGGGAUUAUUUAAGAAUUCUAUUUCUUCUUCUGUUAGUCUAGGCAGUUUGUAUUUGUGUAUAUAUUCAUCCAUAUCACCUAAAUUGGUGUAUUUAUUGCCAUAUAAUUGGGCAAAGUAAUUUUUUAAUGAUUGCCUUUAUUUCCUCUUCAUCGGAGGUGAUGUCCCCCUUUUCAUCUUUGAUGCUGUUAAUUUGCUUUUCUUCUUUCCUUUUUUUAAUUAGAUUGACCAGUACUUUGUCUAUUUUGUCUGUUUUUUCAAAGUACCAGCUUCUUGUCUCAUUUAUUAAAUCAGUAGUUCUGUCACUUUUGAUUUUAUUAAUUUCUCCCUUAGUUUUUAGGAUUUCUAGUUUUGUUUUCUGCUGAGGGGUUUUAAUUUGAUCACUUUCAAGUUUUUUUAUUUGCAUUUCCAAUUGAUUGGUCUCUGCUCUCCCUAGUUUGUUAAUAUAUGCACUCAGGGAUAUGAAUUUACCUCUGAUUACUGCUUUGGCUGCAUCCCAAAAGGUUUGAAAGGAUGUCUCGCCAUUGUCAUUUUAGUUGAUGAAAUUAUUAAUUGUUUCUAUGAUUUCUUCUCUAACUAAAAGAUUUUGGAGUAUCAUAUUGUUUAAUUUCCAAUUAGUUUUUGCUUUGGUUUUCCAUGUACCAUUACUGAUCAUUUUUUUAUUGCUUGUGAUCUGAAAAGGCUGCAUUUAUUAUUUCUGCUUUUCUGCAUUUGUGUGCCAUGUUUCUGUGAACUAAUGUAUGGUCAAUCUUUGUGAAUGUGCCAUGUAGUGCUGAGAAGAAGGUGUAUUCCUUUUUAUUCCUAUUUAUUUUUCUCCAUAUGUCUUUUAUUCUAAUUUUUCUAAGAUUUCAUUCACUUCUUUUACCUCUUUCUUAUUUAUUUUUUGAUUUGAUUUAUCUAAAUUUGAUAAUGGUUGGUUUAAGUCUCCCACUAAUAUGGUUUUACUGUCUAUUUCUUCCUUCAGUUCUCCUAGUUUCUCCAUUAGAAAUUUGGGUGCUAUAUUAUUUGGUGCAUACAUGUUGAUUAGUGAUAUUUCUUCAUUAUCUAAAGUCCCUUUUAACAAAAUAUAAUUACCUUCCCUAUCCCUUUUGAUCAGGUCUAUUUUUGCUUUGGCUUUAUCAGAUAUCAUGAUUACCACUCCUGCCUUCUUUCUGUCAGUUGAGGCCCAGAAGGUCUUACUCCAUCCUUUUAUUCUGACCUUGUGGGUGUCUACCCGCCUCAUGUGUGUUUCUUGAAGACAACAUAUGGUAGGGUUUUGGAUUCUAAUCCAUUCUGCUAUUUGUCUAUGUUUUAUGGGUGAGUUCAUCCCAUUCACAUUCAAAGUUGUGACUGUCACUUGUGGACUCCCUGGCAUUUGGAUAUCCUUCCCUAAUUCUAACCUUUCUUCUUUAGCUCUAACCUUUUAAUCUAGUGAUUUACUUUAAAUCAGUUCCCCUAGUCCCCUCCUUUGAUAUGUUUCCCUUUCUAGUCCUUCCCUGUUUGUUCCCUCCCCUCCACCCUCUUCUUUUCUCCCUUUAUUGUGUUCCCUCUCUCCUACCCCCCUUGGUUUUCCCUUUUCCCUUCCCUUGUUGGGUAAGAUAGAAUUCAAGAUCCCAAUGGAUCUGGAUGUUCUUCCCUCUUAGAGUUGAUUUCCCUGAGAGUAAGGUUUAAGUAAAAACUCUCUUCAUCUCCUUCUUAUAGGAGUUUUCUUCCCCUCCCCUUCCCAUGUGAAUCUUUGUGUGAGAAAGAUUAUUCUAUUUGGUCUUUCUUUUCCCCCUAUUUACACAUUGCAUUUUCCCCACCUGUUAGUAUAUAUAGAUUGAUAUAAAUCUAGUCCUUAUAGAAGAGAGUUUGAGUAAAAGAAGAAGAUAACAUUUUUCUCCUUUUCCCUUUCCUUCAUAUUUACCUUUUCAGGUAUUCCAUACUCUUUGAUUUUCGAUAUCAAACUUUCCACAGAGCUCUGUUCUUUUCUUUGCAAAAACUUGGAAAUCUUCUAUUUUGUUGAAUGCCCAUACUUUCCCUUGGAAGUAUAGUCAGUUUUGAUGGGUAGCUGAUUCUUGGUUGAAAGCCCAGCUCUCUUGCCUUUCUGAAAAUCAUAUUCCAUGCCUUAUGCUCAUUCAGAAUGGAACUUUCAAGGUCUUGUGUGACCCUGAUUGGUAUUCUAAAUUGUCUUUUUCUGGCUUCUUGUAAGAUUUUUUCUUUUGCUUGAAAGCUUUGGAAUUUGGCAAUUACAUUCCUGGGAGUUGUCUUUUGGGGAUUUAGUGUAGAGGGUGUUCUGUGAACUCUUUCAAUGCCUGUAUUGCCCUCUUGUUCUAGGAUCUCUGGGCAAUUUUCUUUGAUUAUAUCUUGUAUUACGAUGUCGAGUUUGCUGUUUAUUUCUGGCUUUUCUGGUAGUCCAAUUAUUCUUAAAUUAUCUCUUCUCCCUCUAUUUUCCAGAUCUGUCACCUUGUCAGUGAGAUAUUUUAUGUUCUCUUCUAAUUUCUUAAUCUUUUGGCUUUGCUUUAUUAGUUCUUGCUUGUUGUCUUCGAGUUGCCUAAUUCUGACCUUUAAAGCCUGGUUUUCCUUUUCACUUUGGUCAAACUGGUUUUGUAGAUGCGUGAAUUUCUCUUGCAUUAUUUCCCACUUUUCCUCCCAGAAGGCUUCCAUCUUUUUGAUCCUUUCCAAAUCAAAUUCUUCAUGGGUUUGUGGAGAGUUUCCAUUUCCUUUGGAAAGUUUCAGAGCAUUUGCUUGUUUCCUCUUCUAUCUCCUCUGUAUUUUGUAUUUUUGCUCCAUAAAAUGUGUCCAAAGUCGCCCCCUUCUUCUUGUUUUUCUUGGAAUUUGGGGGAUUUUGUGCUUCUGUGGAGUUUUCCAUCUCUAUCUGAGUGGGGAGGACUAGCUUUUCUUAUCUCUGUCUGGUGUUCAGAGGUUUUAGCCCCAGGCAGAUUGUCCGUUCUAUGCAGUUGUUGUUCUGUCUUCCCGGGGAAGCCAGGAAUUGCUGGUGUUUCCGUGUUACUGCCCUCCUCAGUUUCCCUCUGAAUGCUUCUCCAUUGCCUUACUUCCACAGUCUAAGCCUGGCUUGGCCCUUUCUGUGGGGUGUUUGUUUCUGUGCCUUGGCCGGCCAGAAGAGCCCGCACUCUGAGGGGGGAGGGGCCGCAACUUCCAGGAACUCAGAGAGCUCCUGAUAGGAUUAGCUUUCCCUGGGUUGAACUGAGUAUGCCCUGAGGCAGGGACCUUCAGUGAGACUCGUAUGGAAGGAUCCAGCCAGGGGGUUACAAGCUCCCCCCAUCUUUCUCUGUUUCCCUGCUGUCUGUAUUGGAUGCCCCCUCGUCUGAGUCAGGUUGUUUUUAGGAAGCUGUCUUCAGAAUAGCCGGCCCUGAGGCUCUGAGGUUCCCUCUGCUGCCUUGGACUCGGCUCUCUGGGUUGGGGGGAUGGGUCCUGGGACCUUCCAUCUGCCUACCCCUUAGGUCUGAGAGAUCUCGGGUUCUGGCUUUUGGGGGGGGGGCAGCGUACCUUUUGAUCCAGGUCCAGGAGGAGGAUUCCCGGGGUCCAUGCUGUUGUUCGUUUUGAAUUUCAGUGCCCUAGGAGCAUAUAGUUUGAGUUCAGUAAGGAAGAAUUUCCUGAGAUCUGAACUUUAGCUUUCUUUAAGUCACCAUCUUGACCAAAGUCCUCUCUUUUCAUUUUUAAGCUAAGUUUUGGAGUCUUGCAUUCUUGCAAAAGGGAUCCUUCCCAAACCCCAGGGGUGCACUUCUUCACCCCCACACCAAUUUCAUAGGACACAAUUUAAGAGAAAAGGGAAACUGGAAACAUAGUAUUUCAGGCAAGAGGAAAUGAGAGACUGAACUAGGAUGGCAGCCAAAGGAGUCAAGGAAAGAGAAUAGGUUCAUGAGAUGGGAUACUGAGGUCAUGAUACAUUGCUUGAAUCCUCUGUUGGCAGAGGAAUCUGGUCUGGAUAGAACAGGGUUUUUCCUCUAUUUAGCAACUUCAAAGCCCUUCUUCAGGACACCUCACUCCUUUCAUCUUCAUUUAGGUAUCCACCUGCCUACUUUAUCUACUCAUGUGAGGUCCUGACCAUCUACUUAUCUUUUUCCUAUCUCCCAAGUUGCUCUGGAAGACUUCCUGAAGCUCCAAUAGAAAAAGAUCCUCUCUAGGGGAUCAUAGGACCAUAAGCAUGUUACAGAAAAGUCCCCAGAGACCAUCUAAUCCAGGACCCACAUUUUACAGAUAAGGAGACUGAAGUUCAUUGGAGUUAAGUGGCUUGUCCAUGGUCAACUAGGUAGCAAAUGUCAGAGUCAAUAUGGCAUGAUGGAUAAUAUAAAAGCCAGGGGUUGAUGCCAGAAGGCCCAUGUUGAGCUUUUCACUCUGGAGUCAAGCAGAAACACACCAAUUCUUCUUCCUCCAGUUAGUCCUUCAAGUACAUAAAGGAGGCCUGAUUUUUUGCAAACUGAACAGGAAUGAAUUCAGGUACACACAAUUGGCAACCCCCAAAAAUAGACAGAAAAUAUUUAAAAUAAAAAAUUUAAUUAUGAUCAAAAUCCAUCCUAUUUCCUGAAGCAACAUAAAGUCUCAUAGUAAUUUGCUUAAUCGGGCUCAUUCUGACUCCAAAGGAAGUCAUGUGAAUUGUUAUAUUGUUUUGUGCCAAAGCCUUAGCUCCAACAUCAGUCUAU